AUGUUUGCUUUUGUUGCGCAAAAGAAGCAAAGCGCAAUCUUCUUGACGGCGGGUAUUCUAGUUUUCGUUCAAAUCUAUAUUCAUCUCUCUCUCUCUCUCUCUCUCUCUCUCUCUCACUCUUUCUCCCGCUUUCACUCUCUCUCUCUUCUUCUAGCUAUCUCUCUCUUUCUCUUUUUGUCUCUCUCUCUCUCUUUCGCUCUCUUUCUUUCUAUAUAUCUCUCACUUUUUUCCUCUUCCUCUUUAUCUCUCUUUCUCUCUCUCUUUCCUUCUCUCACUCUCUCUCUCUCUCUCUCUUCAAAGCCGCGAAUUCACCGCGAGAUUGGGCCAUGUUACAGGCGUCGACAACAGUUCUGUAUCUUUCUUACCACUGCAGUCAUUUGUAAUUAUCCAAAACAGCCAUUCGUGACUGUCUCUCGCGCUACCAGCACCACAGGUCCUGUCAUCAAGAAUACAAUUAAACCAUUAUCAGGAUCCACAUCGCGGUGUUCUGGAGACGAACCCCGUCGUUUAGCUUCCCUAUCGCUAUUUUUUCUCUUCUUUGUUUCUACUUUUAUAGAGAGAUUAAGCUUUUUCUUCAAUUUAUAUUCCCUUUCGUUAUUUCCUAACGUACCUCUCUCUCUAGCUCUCUCUCUCUCUCUCUCUCUCUCUCUCUCUCUCUAUCUAUCUACCUAUCUAUCUAGCUAG